UAUAUUUUAGGGUAACCGCAAUGCAUUUUAAACCGUCCCCAUACUUUUUGACCCAAAGACAAAAGAAUCCUCUCUCCCUCUUCUUGGGACUAUAACGAGGAUCUCAUUCUUCUGUUGCGUCGUCCCCUCACAUGUCGAAAAGAGAAACGGGAACUUGCAUUGUCUUCACGGUAGAAACACCAAAAAAAUAUCCAAGGUUCCUCCCUUUCAGAUACGCCAAGAUCUAAAAGUUCAUCCGUAACUGCUGUUCUUGCUGCUGGAGGAGAUGCCAGCUUAGCUGUAGGAUGGGCGGCUGCUUCAGUAGUAGUAUCACCAAAAGGGAAGAGUCUCUCGCUAAGGGGAAGCCGGCUGCGGCUUCUGCCACAGUCCAUCGCGACCCGUUGGUGCAGAGGGAUUCACGGCCGCCAGAGACCGAAGCAGAGGAGGCGGUGAAAGAAGUCCUCUUGGAGACGCCCAGGCCGCGGUCGACCCCGCCAUUACCAACCACCAGGACGAGCGCAUGUGAAGAUGCCAACUCCAAGGAGGUCGAGAUAAUCGAAAAGGGUUACGCCACUGGUGUUCCUCUCAACGGCAUUGCUCCCCUCUCGAUCGACAGCAGCAACGGCUGUGACUCCAUAUCCGAGGACGCAUCUGAGGCCUGGAGCGUCAGCGCGAAGAGCGAGACCCUCUCGGCCUCCGCCACCACGGCGGAGAGGCGACGAGGAGCUGUGGCAGAGGCAGGGAUGAGGGCGACGAGGGAGGAGCGCUCGCCGGCGAAGUACCAAAGGAAGCGGUCCGUCUCUGGAGAUUUCGCUUGCAGGAGGGACCGGAGCGUUGCCGUCGGCUGCGGCAGCCGGAGAUCCUCAUUCUCGCCUGCGGGAAGAAGGUCGGAGCACGCCGCCGUCGCCAGGACGAACUCCGCCAGAGAGUUUGCGAGCAGCCGAGCUUCCAGACCCGGGGCCACAGGAGACCUGGGGGAGAGAUCCGGCAGGCGGUCGGUGUCCCCGGUUAUGAAGCGGGCGGCGGCGAGGGCAAACGGGACGAAGCAGCAGAUGCCUGGGGACGAGGGAGAAAAGAAGUUAUGCGUAAAAGACGAGGGCAUAGUGGGCGGCGAGGCCGCGGGAUCUGCAGGGGAAGCGAAGGAGUCGCUGGAGAACCCUUUCGUCUCCCUGGAGUGCUUCAUCUUCCUCUAACUUUUAUUAUUAAUUUUGUUUCUUUUUGGAAAUGGUGACUCUGGUAUUAGCAUAAGAAUUCUAAUCCUUAAUGCUAGUUAGCUUCGUGAGUUUGAUGAAAGGAAAAGAAUGUCUCGCAGGCAGCCAACGUAUAAAGAGGGGAUUUAUUUAUUUUUAAUAC